AUGUGUAUCGCCGUGUUAUCGACCGCUCAUCCAGACUAUCGCCUCAUCAUCGUCAACAACCGCGACGAAUUCCUCCAUCGUCCGACCUCCCGCGCAGACUGGUGGCCCAACAACCCCAGCAUCCUCAGCGCCCGCGACCUCGCCCGUUCUAUCCACGGCACCUGGCUCGGAAUCACCAAGCAAGGCCGACUCGCCGUCCUAACCAACAUCCACGAACCCAACUGCGAACAGGCAGUCGGCAUCUGCAGUCGCGGGGAGAUCGUCAACAGCUGGCUGGAGGGAUCGGGGGAGAAGCAGCAGACGACAGCCGAGUUCGUGGACGCGAUGAUGGCCAGCAAUGUGAUGGAUCACAUUGCUGGGUUUAAUCUGAUCUGUGGCUAUGUGGGCGAGCCGUUGGCUGUCAUUUCGAAUCGGGCGAAUCCGCGCGUUCACUGGAUUCAAAAUCAGCCGGGGCAGACGGUCGCGAUGAGCAAUACGGGAUUCGAGGAUCGGUCGUGGCCCAAGGUGAUUAUGGGGGAGAAGUUUGUGGAUGAGGCCAUUACGGAGCAGGUGAAGCUGGGCGAGACGGAGGAUGAGUUCAUUGUGAGGUUAUUCGAGACAUUCGCGACUGAUACCCUGCCUCGGCUGUCUGAGGAUAGUCUGGAGGCGUAUCUAGACGAGUUUCCCAAGAGUGUAUUCAUCCCGACCAUAGGAAGCAGCAAGGCAACGCAGACAGGCUAUCUCGAGGGUGCCUACGCAACGCAGAAACAGACCGUGGUGCUGGUUGGCCUGGACGGACGCGUGCGAUACGUGGAACGGACGCUGUACGACGAGGACGCAAACACGGUGCCCGGAGCAGAUCGCUCCUUUGAAUUCACGGUGGAGCGAUAA